GCGAGAGCGCAGAGGUGCAGGGCAGUGUGGAGUGGCACGUUGAACGAUCAGCAUGAGAGGUCACACGCGUGGCCCUUGCCUGGCUCUUCUGGGGCUGGCCCUUCUUGUUUCCCCCCUGCAUGCUCUUAUUACCGAUGAGGUGGAGGCCCAGGAGUUCAUGAAAGAGCUGGAUGUCAGAUUCAACCAUGAGUGCAACAAGGAGAUGGUCGCACGGUGGGAAUAUAUCACGGAUGUCACCGAUCCAGACAAGGAGACAGCUGCGAAUGCGGCGGCAGUGCAUUACCUGAACUUCAAGGGCGAGGCAGCCGUGAACAGCUCCCAGUAUGCCUAUGAUGGCUUCACUGACGUGGAGCUGUACCGCCGCUUCAGGUUCCUCUCCAAGAAAGGUCCAGGAGCACUAGACGAGGACGAGCUGACAGAGUACAAGGCGCUUCAGGCCAACAUGGAAACCAUCUACAGUACUGCCACCAUCUGUGACUUCUACAAUCCCCAGCAGUGUGACCUCAUCCUGGAACCUGACAUUGAAGCUAUUAUGGCAUCCUCCACAAACUGGGAUGAGCUGAAGUAUGUAUGGGAGCAGUGGCGAGACAACACUGGCAAGCUGAUGAGGAACGACUUUGUGCGUUUCGUGGAACUCUCAAACAAAGCAGCCACACUUGAUGGCUUCGACAACACAGGUUCCUACUGGCUGAAUGGCUACACAGUGGACCAGAGGGAGGCUGAUGUAUACACAGGUGGCCACACACUGAACCCUGUUGAGUUCAGAGAAAUGCUGAGCAGCGUUUGGGAUCAGGUGUCUGAGGGUCUGUACAAGAAGCUUCAUGCCUAUGUGAGGAUGCGCUUGCAAGAAGUCUACCCCGGUAAAAUUGACCCAACCGGCCCCAUUCCUUCCCACAUCCUUGGCAACAUGUGGGCCCAGACGUGGGGCAACAUUGGGCGCUAUGUGAUGCCCUUCUCUGAUGUUCCAAGCUUUGACGUCACAGACAAAAUGCAUGAAAAUGGUUGGGAUAUCAUGAAGAUGUUCAAGACAGCUGAGGACUUCUUUGAAAGCAUUGGUCUUUAUCCCAUGACUCAAGUGUUCUGGGACCGCAGUGUCAUCAACCAGACUGCAUGGGGCAAGACAAUUGUGUGCCACGCCUCGGCAGAGGAUUUCUGUCUGGGUCCAGAGGGAGACGACUACAGAAUCAAGAUGUGCACGGAGGUCAACAUGGAGGACUUGAUCACUGUGCACCACGAGAUGGGCCACAUUGAGUACUUCAUGGCCUACAAGGACUUGCCUCAUGUGUUCAGGGAUUCAGCCAAUCCAGGUUUCCAUGAAGCCAUCGGAGAUCUGAUUGCUCUGUCAGUGUCAACACCCAAGCAUCUUCAAAACAUCCUUGGUCUGACACGUAAAACCUCCACCUCCACCAAGUACACGGACGAAGAGAAGCAAGACCUCAACUUCCUCAUGGAGAUGGCGCUCGAGAAGAUCGCCUUCCUGCCCUUUGGUUACCUGAUUGACAAGUAUCGCUGGGGCGUGUUUGAUAACUCCAUCACAACGGAAGAGCUUAAUGCUGGAUGGUGGAACCUGAGGGAGUCCCUGCAGGGCGUUACCACCCCCGAGGGCGUGCGUGGAGAGGAGUUCUUUGACCCUGGUGCCAAGUACCACGUGCCUGCCAAUGUGCCUUACAUCAGGUACUUUGUGAGCUUCAUAGUGCAGUUCCAGUUCCAUGAGAGACUGUGCGCUGCUGCAGGACACACAGGACCACUCCACACCUGUGAUAUCUAUGGCAAUCAGGACGCCGGCACCAUUCUUCGGGAAGCACUUAAGAAAGGUUUCUCUGAACCUUGGCCUGUUGUGUUGAAGGAGCUUGGUGGGUCAGAAAAUAUUGAUCCACAGGCCAUUAUCAAGUACUUUGAUCCUCUCAUCAAGUUCCUUGAUCUUGCCCUAGCAGAGGGUGACCAGUGCAUUGGGUGGGGAGAGAACUGUAUUAAAGUGGGAGCUGACUCAAAAAUAGAGACUCCAGAGCCACCCAACCCUCCACCAGAGGCAACCAACCCUCCAACAGAGACAACCAACCCUCCAUCAGAGACAAUCACCCCUCCAUCAGAGAAUACAACAGACCUCCAGUCCACAGCAUCUGAAACAGAGUCUUCUAUGUCAACAGUGGAAUCAACAACUGAACCCUCUUCUAGGAAUGAGGAACAGGCCCUGGAGGACAUGAAUGCCAUGGACGCAGAAUUGACACUGUUGGUGCAGAAUGCCACAUUGUAUGACUGGGAAUACUACACUAAUGAAUCUGAUGCAACAGCAGCAGAUGCGAAUGCAGCUUGGGCCAAGGUGAGCCACGCAUUCAGGGAAUGGUACAACAGAACCAUUGCCUUCUAUGAAUACGAAGAAUUUGAAAGUGAAAAUCUCAAACGCCGCUUCAGACUGCAGAAAAACCUUGGUACAUCAGCUCUUUCAGACAAUGACUUAAAAAUGUACAGCACCAUUGUGAAGAAUAUGACUAGCAUCUACAAUGAAGGGAGGGUGGUGGACAUGAAUAAUGAGACCAUUUCUUAUGGAAUUGAUGAAUUGGAGAUUAUGAUGGCCCAGACAAGGGACGCAGAUGAACUCAAGCACUACUGGAUGGAGUGGCGCAGUCAGUCAGGAAAGCUUAUGAGAGAUAACUUUGAGAAAUACAUCACUCUUCUCAACACAGCUGCUCAGGAGAAUGAUUUCAGUGAUGCUGGUGAGAUGUGGGUGGAUGUCUACACAGAACCCACGCUUAACUACACAAGCCAGGAUUUCAAGUCAGAAAUUGAAAGCCUGUGGAAGGAGCUUGAAGAAUUCUAUGAAGAACUGCAUGCUUACGUUCACUACAAGCUCAAGGAGCAGUAUGGGGAUGAUGUGGUUGACUCUAAAUUUAUACCUGCUCAUCUUUUAGGCAACAUGUGGGCACAGAGCUGGGAGAACAUUUAUGAUCUUGUGGCUCCUUAUCCAGAAGUGCCAAUUCCUGACAUCAGUGAAGCUCUUGAGGAAAAUAUUGUCAAUAAUGAUGAAAUGGUUCGCAUUGCUGAAGAUUUCUUCACUAGCUUGGGUCUGUACAAUAUGACACAAGACUUUAAUGAUAAGAGUGUGUUCGAGCAAAAUGAGCAAGAGUCAGUCAUUUGCCACGCCUCUGCCUGGGACUUCUACGAUGUUGUUGAUGAUCCUUCCGAGGGAGACUUUAGGAUUAAGAUGUGCGCAGACAAGAAUCAAGAAGACUUCAUUGUUAUACAUCAUGAGAUGGGACACACCGAGUACCAGAUGUCAUACAGCAUUCCCAAGGGAGAGCGUCCUCUUGUCUUUAGGGAUGGUGCUAACCCAGGUUUCCAUGAAGCAAUUGGAGAUACGAUAGCCUUGUCAGUGAGCACUCCAUCACACCUCAAGAUGAUAGAGGAUUACUUAACUAACAAUGCCACUAAUGCAACUGAUGAACUAAACAGGAUUCCUUAUGCUAGUUUCUUUGAAAGCCAAUUGGACUAUGGUAAUGACACCAGUGACCACAAACAAAAUAUUAACUUCCUCAUGAAGACUGCUCUGGCCAAGAUUGCAUUCCUGCCUUAUGCUUACAUUCUAGACCAGUGGCGGUGGGAAUUGUUUGAAGAUAAUAAUGAGCAUGAAGAUUACAACAGGAAGUGGUGGGAAUUGAGAUUAGAUGUUCAGGGCAUCUGUCCACCUGAUCUCCGCCACCCUAAUGAUGAUCUUGAUGCUGGGAGCAAAUACCAUGUUGCAGACAGUGUUCCUUAUAUUCGUUACUUUGUGGCUCAUAUUCUGCAGUUCCAGUUUCACCACCGGCUCUGUGAAAUAGCCUAUGGAGAUCAGUUUGAAGAGACAAAAGUGUUCAACUGUGACAUCUACAACUGCACAGAUGCAGGAGCAGAACUGAAAAAGCUGCUCAAUAUGGGAGCUUCAGUUGAAUGGCAUGAGCAGCUGAAGAACUUUAUGGGUAGCAGUGAUGGCAGCAUGAAUUCCACUGCUAUCCUGCAGUACUUCUCUCCCCUGCGACACUACCUAAAGGAAUACAUUAAAAACAACAAAAUUGAUGUGGGAUGGGACAAAGGCAAGGUUGAUGAUUACAUGAUCGAAUCAGCAUACAUCCCAGCCACAGUUCCCAUUGUGGUGGGUGUUGUGCUGGCAGCAAUGGUGCUUAUUGUCAUCAUUGCCUACUUUGUGGGUCAAGCCAGGCAAAAGAAGAAGGAAAAGAAGGCUGCCUCAAACAGUACCCCUGAGAACAUCGAAAUUUCCAUCCAAAAUACAGAGACCAAAUCAACAGGAUCUGUGGACAGCAAUUGAUGGCGAGAAAGCAAUAUUUGACAGUGCUGAAAUAAAACAAGUGGAAGGUGAUGAGGUUACUGGUGUGACGUGCAAAGUGAAUUUUUAUAUGUUAAGGAUAAGAUUUCUUUGUAUGCAUUAGGUAAUAGUAUUUAAGUAAGGUUUUCACUUAUUUGUGUAUUACUUGCUGUUAUUAAGGUGGGAAUAAUGAAUUGGGAAAAUAGAAUAUUAUGCAGAAAUUUAGGAAUUAAAAUUUUGGUCUAACACAUUUAAGACUUCAGGUAAGGGGGAAGAAAGACAAGAAAAAGUAAGUAAGGACACUAUUAAACACAGAAGGGGGAAUCAUGUUAUGCUAAAUUCCUUUAUAUAUUCAAGUGCAGUGAAUGUAAGUUUCAAGACAUUCAUGUUUUAUAUGAAUUAUUGGUGAGAAGUAAUGAUUAAUGUUGUAAGUGUUUGUACUUUGUUAAGAUACUCUUGUGUUUGUUCACACUGUGUCCAUUCAGGGGCUGAGUACCUGUUUAUGGAAAUCUUUCCUUGAAUAAAUAUUGACUGAUA